UUGUGUGCGCGUUCACGACGCCUCAGGUUUGGAGAUGUCGGUGCCGUCUCCGCGCUCCCGGUGGACGAGGGAAAAGUUAUUUUGUCUCCUUAAAGGAAUCCAACUAAAAGGAGAAAAUGUUUAGAUGAGCGCCCAUCCAUAAAUCAAGCUCGGACAAUCAGCCGACCCUGAUUGGACUCUUUUCCUAUCGACAAGUUGCUGUCUGCAGCCGCUGUGGGAGCCGGAGUCGCCAUGGAGACGGUGGUGAUUGUGGCCAUUGGGGUGUUGGCCACCAUUUUCCUGGCCUCCUUCAUUGCCCUAGUGGUGGUGUGCAGACACCGCUACUGCCACCCUCAUGAUCUGCUGCACCACUUCGACUCCAAACCCACAGUUGAUCUGAUCGGAGCCAUGGAGACUCAGAGUGAACCGUCAGAGCUGGAGCUGGACGAUGUUGUCAUCACCAACCCUCACAUCGAGGCUAUCCUGGAGAAUGAGGACUGGAUAGAAGACGCCUCUGGUCUGGUCUCUCACUGCAUCUCCAUCCUAAAGAUCUGCCACACUUUGACUGAGAAACUGGUUGCCAUGACGAUGGGCUCGGGGGCAAAGGUCAAAGCACCAGCCAGCCUGAGUGAUAUCAUCACAGUGGCAAAACGCAUUAGCCCGAGGGUGGACGACGUGGUCAGAUCCAUGUACCCUCCUCUGGAUCCAAUCCUCUUGGACGCCAGGGCCACUGCUCUGCUCCUUUCAGUCAGCCACCUGGUGCUGGUCACCCGCAACGCCUGUCACAUGUCCGGCAGUAUGGACUGGAUCGACCAGUCGCUCCACGCAGCUGAAGAUCACAUGGUGGUUUUGCGUGAGGCAGCGCUGGCCUCUGAACCGGAACGAAGCAUACCUGGAGCUGACGCACAGAGAGAGCAGGCCAUUUAGAGCAAGCACAGAUACUGACACAAGCAAACAGCAGCAGAAGGGCAUGAGAUUGUGUCAUUUAUGUCCUUCAGCUGUCUCCCUUUCUAAAUUCUGCACACAGUUGAUACUAAACAGGCACAUAUUCUACCAGACAGCGCUGAAACGGCAUCUUUCCCAAUCUCAUCAUCCAGUCCAAAUUAAUAUGGACAUCUGAUCAGUAAACAGGGUGAACAGGUUGUGCUGAUGGAUGCAGGGACCUGACUCUGUUCCUCAUUUAAAAGAAAAGAAAAAAAAACAUGGAGAAUUUUUUUUUUUUUUUUGGUCACAUUGCAACAAGGAGCUGCAUUCACUGCAGCUACAUAGUAAUUGCUAUAAAGUAGAUGUCAUACAGUCACAGUCACGUGUGUGUGUGUGUGCAGAUGUUCUUAGAGUUGGUCUGUUAUAGAUGUAAGCUGCUUGCAAUUAAAGGGCCUUUGGAAAUUUCUUCUCGAGUGCACCAUCACCCAGCGGUGGGCCUAAAUCCAAUCUCUCUAGCACUGCACAGUCACAUGGAGGCUUAGUCAGCUAAUCCAUUCUGAGGAAAAUAACACCCAGUUAGUCAGUGAGCUCCAACUCAGCAGACCAAUGGAAGACCAACCUGACUGACUUAUGAUCUGUGGGGUCAACGUGACCUGUGGAUGUUCAAAAACAUCCCUCAGAUACUCCUAAGCUGAUACAAAUCACCUGUCUGCGGGUUCUCUUGUGUGGCUGAAGAGACGAGCCUCAGUAGUUUUACACAUCAGCAGUUAAAGUUUUUUCAGUUGUUGUAUUCUAUUAUGAUUAAUGGAGGCUGUUACCAACUGAGAACCUGGUAUCUCUUCCUCUCGAAGGUUAUUAGCCGUGCUAGCAGCACGCUCUCAGGAGUCAGUCCAGCACUUUGGUCUAGAAUAAUAUAUCCCAACAUCCACUGGAUGGAUUGGCACACAUUUAGACAGACGUUCAUGCUUCCCUGUGUUGACUUUGGUGAUCCACCAUCUGACUUUUCCUCUAGCACCACCAACAACUUGGAUUGUCAUGAAAGAGCACUGGUUCUAGAUUGAUUGGCACAAAGAUUUGGACAGAUAUUCACAUCCCCCUGAGGAUGAAUUGUAAUAACUUUGGUGAUCAAUUACUUUUUUGCCUAGCACCAUCAUCAGGUCAAUGGCCCAUACUUUGUUUUAUGUUCUUUAAUUAAGACCCCAAUAUUUUUUUUUUUUUAUUAAAAAUGUCCUUUCAAAUUCAACUGUGUUUCUAUCUACAUGUGACCAGGGAUGAGACAAAGAUACAAAUAUCAAAGCAGACCCAGAGCUGCUAGGUACAUCUAUUAGUGAUUUUCAUGUCACUGUUCUGAGACACAGCAUGUCUUUGUGUUUGCUUGUGUUAUGAGGAUGUUUUGAACAGUGUGUUGAUUGAGGUGAAGCAGAAUUAGUGUGUUGUUUUCUGCCAGAGGGAUGUUACUGGAGCAUGUCUACCUGUUCCCUCAUGCAUAGCUAAUAGUGAAUCCCCAAAGAGCCCUAAUAAGGCAUUACCCACAGCCAUAAUGAACACACGGGCUCCAGCUACAAUACGCAUGGCACAAACCUUUGUACACCAGCAGCUGGCAGACAAAUUAACACAUCAGUACAUCAUAUGACACACAACUGUUAAAAUACACAUCAUAGAUUAUGGAGUCAAAAGCGCUUGUUUUAAGACUCUGGUGACAAUCACUGAGGAGGGAAGAAAAGCAGCAGUUCUGUGAAUCGAAAACGAACUGAAGCAAAAACUGUAGCUCCGAACACGCAGAGAUGUUUUGAUGGAAAGGUUUCGAUCGUGGAGGAAACAUUUAGAAAGUGGUUAGCCUUUUUUUUCUUGUUUACAUUGUUUAUUAGCAUUGAUCUCUUUUGUAAGCACUCCUUUGUUUUCGCAUCCUUAUCCCACAGUUUGUUACUAAUGUCCUUUUACUCCCACACACCUUUUCUUUUUUUAUCUUUCAUUGAUUUGUACAGAUAAAAUGAAGUUUCAUAGGAAAAUGUGUUUUGUUUUUGCUCUGGACAAUAGCUACAGAGAAAUCCAUGUCCGAUAAAAAGUCCACACACCAUACUAAUUUGACAUAAAUAAAAGUGAAUUUUUUUCUUCUUUU